GGUACCUUGCUGCAUCCUCCUCUCCAGAGCCCAGCACCAGCCCCUCCGGCACCCGCCUGCGCCCCCCGCCCAUGAGGACCCAUGACUGGAGCGUGGGGAUGAUGCCUGUGGCGCUCUGCCUCUGGGCUGCCCUGGCCCUGGUCUCCAUGGGGGGGACAGCCACAACCACCACAGCAAACAGCACCUCAGGGAUGAUUAAAACAGGGACAGCCACAACCACCAUGGGCACCUCCUCCUCUCCCAGCGAGAGCAGCCUCACGACCUCGGCCGAAUCCAGCACGGGCACCUCCUCCUCACCCAAGGAGAGCAGCCACACGACCUCAGCCAAGUCCACCACUGGCACCUCCUCCUCUCACAGCAAGAAAAAGCCCACGACCGAGGCUGAGACAACAAUGAGCAUCUCCUCCUCUCCCAGCGAGAGCAGCCGCACGACCGAGGCUGAGACUAGAAAUGGUACCUCCUCCUCUCCCAGCGAGAGCAUCUCCACGAGCUCGGCCGAACCCACCACGGACACCUCCUCCACGCCCAAGGAGAACAGCCACACAACCUCAGCCAAGUCCACCACUGGCACCUCCUCCUCUCCCAGCGAGAACAGCCCCAUAACGCCGGCCGAGAGCACCACGAGCACCUCAUCCUCUCAGAGAGAGAGCAACUCCAUGACCAUGGCCGAGACCACAACGAGCACUUUCUCCUCUCCCAGCGUUAGCGGCCACACGACUUCGACCGAGUCCACCACUGGCACCUCCUCCUCUCCCAGCGAGACCUUCUCCACGACCUCGGCCAAGCCCACCACGGGCAUCUCCUCCUCACACAGUGAAAACAGCCACAUGACCUCGUCCGAAAGCUCCACGGGAACCUCCUCAUAUCACAGCAAGAGCAUCUCCGCAACCUCGACCGAGCCCACCACGGGCACCUCCUCCUCUCCCAGUGACAGCAGCCAAAUGACCGUAGCCAAGACUAGAACGCGCACUGCCUCCACUCCCAGCCUGAGCAACCACACGACUUCGUCCGAGUCCACCACUGGCACCUCUAACUCUCACAGCGAGAACAGCCACAUGACCGUGGCUGAGACCACAACGAGAACCUCCUCCUCUUCCAGCGAGAGCAGCCCCACGACUUCGGCCAAAACCACCACUGGGAUCUCUUCCUCUCCCAGUGAGAACAGCCAUACAACCUCAGCUGAGCCCACCACGGGCACCACCUCCUCUGCCAGCGAGAGCAGACACACGACCGUGGCUGAGACCACAACAGAAACCUCCUCCUCUCCAAGCAAGACAAGCCACACGACCUCGGCAGAGACUACGACAGGUACCUCUUCCUCUCCCAGCGAGAGCAGGCACACAACUUCAGCCGUGUUCACCACGGGCACCACCUCUUCUGCCAGCGAGAGCAGCCACACAACCGUGGCCGAGACGACAACGAGCACUUACUCCACUCCCAGCCUGAACAGUCCCACAACCUCGGCCGAGCCCAACACAGGCAGCUACUCCUCUCCCAGUGAGAAGAGCCAUACAACCUCGGUCGAACCCACCACGCACACCUCCUCCUCUCCCAGCGAGAGCAGCCCUACGAGCUCUGCCAAGAGCUCCACGGGCACCACCUCUUCUCACACCGAGAGCAUCUCAGCGACCUCGGCCGAGACCACAACGGGCACUUCCUCCUCUCCCAGCGAGAGCAGCCACACGACCAUGGCUGAGACAACAAGAACCUCCUCCUCUCCCAGUGAGAGUAUCUCCACGACCUCGGCCGAACCCACCACGGGCAGCACCUCUUCGUUGCCCAGGCAGAGUAGCCAAACCACUUCUGCAGAGUCCACCACUGGCACCUUUUACUCUCGCAGUGAGAGCAGCCAUACGACCGUGGCUGAGACCACAAUGGGAACCUCCUCCUCUCCCAGCAAGACAAGCCACACGACCUCGGCCGAGACUAUAACAGGUACCUCUUCCUCUCCCAGCGAGAGCAGACACACGACCAUGGCCGAGACCACAAUGCCCAUGUCUUCCACUCCCAGCCUGAACAGCCCCACAACCUCGGCCGAGCCCAACACUGGCCCCUCCUCCACUCCCAGCAAGAGCAGCCGUACAACCUCGGUCGAACCCACCACGGGCACCUCCUCUUCUCACACCGAGAGCAUCUCCGCGACCUCGGCUGAGCCCAACACUGGAACCUCCUCCUCUCCCAGCAAGACAAGCCACAGGACCUCGGCCGAGACUACCAGAGGUACCCCUUCCUCUCCCAGCGAGAGCAGAAAUACGACCCUGGCCGAGACCACAAUGCCCAGUUCCUCCACUCCCAGCCUGAACAGCCCCACAACCUCGGCCGAGCCCAACACUGGCCCCUCCUCCUCUCCCAGCGAGAGCAGCCAUACAACCUCGGUCGAACCCACCACGGGCACCUCCUCUUCUCACACCGAGAGCAUCUCCGCGACCUCGGCCAAGCCCAACACCGGCACCACCUCCUCUGCCAUUGAGAGCAGCCACACGACCUCAGCCGUGCUCACCACGGGCACCACCUCUUCUGCCAGCAAGAGCAGCCUCACGACCGUGGCUGAGACCACAACAGGAACCUCCUACUCUGCCAGCAAGACAAGCCACACGACCUCAGCCGAGAACUCCACGGACACCUCCUCUUCUCACACCGAGAGCAUCUCCGCGACCUCGGCCGAGCCUAACACUGGAACCUCCUCCUCUCCCAGCAAGACAAGCCACAGGACCUCGGCCGAGACUACCAGAGGUACCCUUUCCUCUCCCAGCGAGAGCAGAAAUACGACCCUGGCUGAGACCACAAUGCCCAGUUCCUCCACUCCCAGCCUGAACAGCCCCACAACCUCGGCCGAGCCCAACACUGGCCCCUCCUCCUCUCCCAGCGAGAGCAGCCGUACAACCUUGGUCGAUUCCACCACGGGCACCUCCUCCUCGCCCAGCGAGAGCAGCCACACGACCUCUCCCAAGAGCUCCACGGGCACCUCCUCUUCUCACACCAACAGCAUCUCCGCGACCUCGGCCGAGCCCACAACGGGCACCUCCUCCUCUCCCAGCGAGAGCAGCCACACGACCAUGGCUGAGACAAGAAGAACCUCCUUCUCUCCCAGUGAGAGUAUCUCCACGACCUCGGCCGACCCCACCACGGGCACCUCUUCCUCUCCCAGCGAGAGAAGCCAUACAACCUCGGCUGAGAGCUCCACGGGCACCUCCUCUUCUCACACCGAGAGGAUCUCCGUGACCUCGGCCGAGCCCACAAUGGGCACCUCCUCCUCUCCCAGCGAGAGCAGCCCCAUGACCUCCGCCAAGAGCUCCACGGGCACCUCCUCUUCUCACACCCAGAGAAUCUCUGCGACCUCAGCCAAGCCCACAACGGGCACCACCUCCUCUGCCAGCGAGAGCAGCCACACGACCUUGGUCGAACCCACCACAGCCACCUCCUCGUCGCCCAAGCAGAGUACCCACAUGACCGCGACCGAGUCCACCACUGGCACCUCUUCAUCUGCCAGAGGGAGCAGCCGUACAACCUCGGUCAAAUCCACCAUGGGCAUCUCCUCCUCUCCCAGCGAGAUCAGCCACACGACCUCAGCCGUGUUCACCACGGGCAUCACCUCUUCUGCCAGCAAGAGCAGCCACACGACCGUGGCUGAGACCACAACAGGAACCUCCUCCUCUGCAAGCAAGACAAGCCACACGACCUCAGCCGAGAGCUCCACGGGCACCUCCUCUUCUCACACCGAGAGCAUCUCCGCGACCUCGGCCGAGCCCAACACUGGCUCCUCCUCCUCUCCCAGCGAGAGCAGCCAUACAACUUCGGUCGAACCCACCACGGGCACCACCUCUUCUGCCAGCGAGAGCAGCCACACGACCGUGGCUGAGACCACAACAGGAACCUCCUCCUCUGCAAGCAAGACAAGCCACAUGACCUCAGCCGAGAGCUCCACGGGCACAUCCUCUUCUCACACCGAGAGCAUCUCCGCGACCUCGGCCGAGCCCAACACUGGAACCUCCUCCUCUCCCAGCGAGAGCAGCCAUACAACCUCGGUCGAACCCACCACGGACCCCUCCUCCCCUCCCAGCGAGAGCAGCCAUACAACCUCGGUCGAACCCACCACGGGCACCUCCUCUCCCAGCGAGAGCAGCCAUACCACCUCGGUCGAACCCACCAGGGGCACCUCCUCCUCGCCCAGCGAGAGCAGCCCCACGACCUCUGCCAAGAGCUCCACGGGCACCUCCUCUUCUCACACCGAGAGCAUCUCCUCGACCUCGGCCGAGCCCAAAACGGGCACCUCCUCCUCUCCCAGCGAGAGCAGCCACACGACCAUGACUGAGACUACAAGAACCUCCUCCUCUCCCAGCGAGAGCAGGCGUACAACCUCGGUCGAACCCACCACGGGCACCUCCUCCUCGCCCAGCGAGAGCAGCCACACGACCUCUCCCAAGAGCUCCACGGGCACCUCCUCUUCUCACACCGAGAGCAUCUCCGCGACGUCGGCCGAGCCCACAACGGGCACCUCCUCCUCUCCCAGCGAGAGCAGCCACACGACCAUGGCUGAGACAAGAAGAACCUCCUCCUCUCCCAGUGAGAGUAUCUCCACGACCUCGGCCGAAACCACCACGGGCACCUCUUCCUCUCCCAGCGAGAGCAGCCAUACAACCUCGGCCGAGAGCUCCACGGACACCUUCUCUUCUCACACCGAGAGGAUCUCCGUGACCUCGGCCGAGCCCACAAUGGGCACCUCCUCCUCUCCCAGCAAGAUCAGCCACACGACCUCAGCCGUGUUCACCACGGGCAUCACCUCAUCUGUCAGCAAGAGCAGCCACACGACCGUGGCUGAGACCACAACAGGAACCUCCUCCUCUGCAAGCAAGACAAGCCACACGACCUCAGGCGAGAGCUCCACGGGCAUCUCCUCUUCUCACACCGAGAGCAUCUCCGCGACCUCGGCCGAGCCCAACGCUGGAACAUCCUCCUCUCCCAGCAAGACAAGCCACAGGACCUCAGCCGAGACUGCCGGAGGUACCUCUUCCUCUCCAAACGAGAGCAGACAUACGACCCUGGCCGAGACCACAAUGCCCACGUCUUCCACUCCCAGCCUGAACAGCCCCACAACCUCGGCCGAGCCCAACACUGGCUCCUCCUCCUCUCCCAGAGAGAGCAGCCGUACAACCUCGGUCGAACCCACCACGGGCACCACCUCUUCUGCCAGCGAGAGCAGCCACACGACCGUGGCUGAGACCACAACAGGAACCUCCUCCUCUGCAAGCAAGACAAGCCACACAACCUCAGCCGAGCACUCCACGGGCACAUCCUCUUCUCACACCGAGAGCAUCUCCGCGACCUCGGCCGAGCCCAACACUGGAACCUCCUCCUCUCCCAGCAGGACAAGCCACAGGACCGCGCGAGAUCAGCCACACGACCUCAGCCGUGUUCACCACGGGCAUCACCUCUUCUGCCAGCAAGAGCAGCCACACGACCGUGGCUGA